CCCAGCUCCGGCCUCAUCCGCAUUCCGCAAGCCUCUGCUGCGAGUGGCAUGAUGAGCACUUGGGAGCUGAACAGACUGGAGUCUUCGUUGGGAGACCAAGAACCUUCUGACAUGUCUGCCCUACCAGGUGCAGGUUACUCAACGACGUCGUUGAUCACCACAAAUCCCUCAAAAGGCAAUACACCAUCUAUUUCCUCAUCCGAAGACACAGCCGGUCGACAAUUUAAUAUUCAGAUCCCGCACGAUGCCUCGAAGCCCUAUCGAGGCUUCCGCUCAUAUAUUCAACAACUUUUUAAGACCCUCGGGCUUUCAAUCGGCUCCAACCUUCUUGCUAAAAUAAUGGAUUCGCCAGACAGAGAGACAAAGAAGGUGGUGAUGAAGCAAAGUAAACGCAAGGCUACACUCCGAUGCAUCGUACAUCUUGUUCCAAUAUCGGCAGCAAUUGCUUUACUUGUUCUCAACGGAUCUAACCACUACAUUGGCGGUGAACUUUCGGGCGCUAAUGGGCAAGACAAUCAGAAGCUGGCGGCCCUACUUUUUGCAGCGAAAUUACAUGAACUAUUCAUGCUUGCUUCACUUAGCGCCAUAGUCAUUACAUAUAUCCGGAAAGAGUUAGUGUUUGGCGAUGGUGUUCCAUUUGGUACUGUGUUCUCAGCAACCCAGUUCAAGGACCUUACCUUUCUUUGGUCACCGGAACUUUGGGGCACAAUCUAUAAUGAGUGGCAAAAGAAGCGGAAAAAAUGGUUUGUCAUCUGCCUGCUCGUUGUAUGCUCGAUCGCGGGACUUACAGUUGGCCCAUCCACUGGUAUACUUAUGAGACCACGACUGGAUGAGUGGCCCGCUGGUGGAACGACAUUUUGGAUCAACGCCACGAGAUCUUCGUUGAAUCCUGAGAGGAUAGAGGCUUCUACGGACCUGAGUCAUUGCGCCUUCGACAACGGUGAUCCAUCUUGUCCAGCCGGUGGCUGGCAAGUCUUCAAUGAGCAGUAUUUUCCGUAUUGGCAGUCUCUUGGUGGCAUGGGAGCCAUUCCGCAGUCACUGUACAUGCCUGGACGCUCAUCGCUACGCCAGUUUGUUCUCCGUACAAGGAACAUCCGCGACAUAGCUUCUUCACUCCUUUGGGCGAACGCAUUCACGCUAGCGAGCGUGUCGCCUUCGAUAGUUGCGGAUGCAUUGGUCGACCUUGAGAGAUACUGGAUUAAUGCAGCGGCAAAUGCAGACAUUGGCAACUUUAAGUAUCGUCGAGAUGCUUCCUUUAUGACGGAUACCCUACAGCCAAUUGUUCUGACGCGAUGUCACGGUACCGACUAUGCAUUGGGCGAUACGGUCAACCUUAACUUCCCUGGCUUUCGCCAUGUCACACUCAGUGGUGGUCCAGGCUCUGCAGCCGGACUUGGAAGCUUCGCUAGUAUCGAGGACUGGUUCCAAAUCAAUAACACGAACAUAACUUCGCAAAUCGAAACACUACUUACUGUCAACAACCGCCCUUCACUAUACUGGAUCGACGAUGCCGAGUUCCUGCAAGCAACCCAGUCUUCCCUGCUAGCGGUGGCUACAGUUCCAGAGUCAAAUGCAGGUCCAGCUGCAUAUCACGCAUGCAGCAUUGACAGCAAACUAGCAGAUAUCACGCUGAAAGCCUCACGAAGUUCCAUAACACACGUCUUCAGCGCCCCCCCUGGAUAUGAUAACGUCGGGACUUUCAAUGCGACCUACCAGACAGUUAAGCCCAGUGCCGAAUGGGCAGCAUACCUCAACCCUGUGGUAUCGACAUCCCUCCAAACAAACGAAACUGUUUUCUCUACUAUGGCAUCAACAGCGGGACUAUGGACAUCAACGCCCAAUACGAAUCCAGAGUGGUUCUCUAUAAUCGUCGAGAACAUCCUAGCGACGCUGGUUGUUAACGGUAUCGGUCGAGCAAAUUUCGAAAGAACUUUAGUCGGUACUCUCGCCGGUUUAGACAAUCCUUCGGACCCAUGGAGCCUUGGCAAGUGGGUGAACCAGAUUCUUCCCCAGAACGGACGAUUGGGGUAUGGUGGCGAUGCCUUCGACAUCUCUGAGAUCGAUAAAGAGAAUGCCACCAAGUUUGUGCUCAAAGUACAGAUCCUGGGUUACGCGUACAGCCCCAAGGGGACAACACAAAUCGCAGCAAUGUUUGCUCUCUCACUUUACGUGUUACUUGUUCUGUGCCACGUUGCGUAUUCUUUAACGACCGGAUGGUAUUCAAGCAGCUGGGGCUCUCCUUCAGAACUGACCGCGCUUGCAAUGAAUUCGACUCCUUCUAGCCGACUAGAAAACACUGGAGGUGGCAUUGAGACUGUCGACGUUUUUAAAGAGAAGGUCAUGGUUCGAUUAAAGGAUGAAAGGACCCAGCUGGUAUUUGAGGACACUGUUGGUGGGGAAAAGUUGAAAAUAGGAGUAGCAUAUGCUUAG